AUGGGAGGACAUUUCACUGAUGACAAUGUCUCCAAUGAGCCUGCUAUGGGCAACAAAGCAGAUCAAUUUCACAAGAUACUGGAGAAAAUCGAGUCUCUCGAAAGCCACGUUACGGCAAUGGUCAAGGAUUUCAAUAACCGUUCCAGACCUCACCAAGAAGUAUCUAAGAAGCGUAAAAGCGAGAGAGCAAAGACAGCGCGCUCCUCAAAACGCAAAAUUGCAGCCCUGUCGUUGCAGCGGGUCAGUUCGCUCGAUUUGCUUGCAAAUGUUGUUCUUCAGAACAGUGAUUCAGGAAAGGGAGGAAGUCCUUUAUCUGCAAACCCCAGCUCUACAUCCACUACCGGGAGCUCUGGUUCCAGUGAUCACUCAGAGAUCCCAGGACCUGGCACUUUGGGCGACUUCGGAGUCUUUUCCUCUUAUGCCAUUUUGUCACCUAAGGGACUAGAGUGGAUUAAAUCCAAAAGUUCAAAUUGUGAAGAGGAAACCAAAUAUCUCUCGGAGUGGUAUGCGCAGUUCUUGCAAAAGAGCCGACCAGAGAACCUAUUUCCCGUGCCUCUAGGUCUCAAACCGUUGCCAAACAAUGAAAUCUUAGAAGCACUUUUAGAAAUCAGCCAAAGAUCAGGUCUUGAAAGCUUAUCGUUUGUGCCCUUCAAAGACGUUUCUAAUAUAUAUGAUUCCUAUCUGAAAGGAGGACUACGAUCUUUAAAACGCUCUCACUGCAUCACGCUUAAUGUGGCGUUCGCGCUUGUCAGCCAUUUUCAACAGCACUAUUACAAGACUCCAAUUGAAGGCAUGUCUCGCCUUGUAUCUGACCUGGUCCAGAAUGACGAAAAACUGCGAGAAAUGGAGAAUAUUUUCAUUUCCAAUGCUCUGUAUCAUUACCAUCAGGUAUCCAUAUUACCAGAGGGCAUAGACACCUUGCAGGCAUUUCUUUGUCUUAUGUCUUACACCGAUUUUACGGGCGCACUUCAUGCUUCAUUCAUGAUGGUAACUUUGGCAACUCGGCUGGCUCAUGAUCUCGGUUUACAUGCCGAAAUAUCUUACGAAGGUCUUACACUCGAAGAAAGCAAUAGACGAAAAAAAAUUUGGAUUCUCUGUCGAUAUUUUGACUUGAAGGUUGCUCUUAUUUUAGGGAAACCCCCAAUUGUUGCGAAUUACGAUACUACCGCAUCAUUUGGUUUCAAAAGCACGCCUUUGGAAUUUCUUGCAGGUGCGACACUAGCGGCGUCGGCCGAUUCAUCUUAUUGUGGGCUCUCGUUUGCAAAGAACCUUUACACUCUUGUUCUCAAAGAUGUUGGGUUUGACAAGUUUGGCGGAUUCCAUACCUGUCGAUUGAUUCAUAUUGCUUCUCGCGUUUACGGUCAGUUGUAUGCCCCAUUAACGAACAGAAAUCUCACCAAGCAAUUACGCAAUGCUCAAGAUCUUCUCAAAGAAAUGGAAAUUUUUAGGCUUUCUCUGCCGGAAGGUAUGAGACCUAUGGAUUCCUUGAACAACCCGUCUUUAACGGAGCUUGUCAAAAACAGCGACUUACCAUCAGCAAUGACCAGACUUUUUAUCUACAGCAUCCACUUCUCCUAUUACAUGAACUUGAUAUUUAUUCAAAAAGCUUUGUUCAAGACACAAGCCUACAUGACAAACAUCGGACAGUCUGAUGUAAUCCCAUUUUACGAAAGCGUUAAGACUGCGAGAACAGUGCUUUCAGUCGCCAUUGAAUUAUAUGAACUCAAUUUAGCAAGUUAUUACAGAUCCUUUCAAUGGGUAAUUAACUUGGCCUUUUUUGAAUUGUUUGUCUAUACCCUGUCAAAACAAGAGAUUUCUGUUGAGUUCGAGCAAGAUAUCCGCUUGAUGGCGCGUUUACACUGUGACUUCAAGAGGCCCUUUGAAACUUCUACCGGAUUGGACAUUAAAGCAUCGACAGUGUUGCGGCCGAAUCUCCUGAAUAACUUCAAAUACAUGAUAAACGUUCUGCGGAAAACGUUUUUAUCAAGAUUUUCAAGAGAGGUCGAACUCACAGAGAAGGAAAAAAAGGCUCUUGAAUACGAACACGCCGCUGCACAGAUUCCAGAUAUCCCUAUUAAGACUGAUUUGAACCCUUUCAUAAUGGACGGCAUGGACUUUUUCAAUGUUGAUUCAAAUGUUUUCAGUUUUUAA